UCUUCCCUCCCUCUCGCUCCGCUUUUUUGCCCGGGCAGCAGGGAGUCGCGCGGCGCCUUGACGCCUCUUUCCUUCCUUCCUCAUUUCCCCCAAAAUUCACGCCAAGGAGGCGGCAGCUUUCCCACCCCCCUUCCUUCCCCCCCCCCCCUCCUUAAAAGCUGCUUCCGGUUCUGCUGCCAUAUUUUUAAGGGGGGAAAAAGCAGGGGAGGAAAAACCGCUGGGAAAAGGAAAUAAAGCAGAGGAGGCGAAGAGAGCGGAGGCGAGUGGCUGGAGCAGGAAGGCGAGAAAGAGCUGUCCUGCUUGCUUGCCUUCUCCUCUCCCUUUGGAGGCUGAAGAAGAAAGAGAAAGCAGGGAAGCAAGGAAGGAAGAACCAGGCGCGCCUCCCGUCCGAACAAAUCUCUCCUGAAUGAAUCCGCGGCUCUCCUUCGCUUGGGCGCGCUCCUCUCCCUCUCCUUGCUCGCCUCUGUUUUCUUCACGCUGAGCCUAACCCCCCUUCCUUGGGUUUGGGAAGAGGCAGAACAUACCAAGGAAGGAAGCCAGACGGCUGUCUGUCUAUCAGCUGAGACCGAAAAGCCGGCGGGAGGAAGGAAGGAAGGAAAGAAGGUAGGUUCCAGAAAAGCUGCUCUGGAUUGGUUUUCUGCCGUCCUGUUGUCUAUAGAGACACUGUCAUCUGACAGAGCUAUCUUGGGCCAUGGGGAGCAGUAAGAGCAAACCCAAAGAUCCCAGUCAACGGAGACGCAGCCUCGAAUCCACAGAAAAUAUCCAUGGUGGUUGCUCUGCCUCUCAAACACCCAACAAGACCACAGUCGCAGAUGCUCAUCGAACCCCCAGCCGUUUAUUUGGAAGCACAACACCAGAGCCAAAACUCUUUGGAGGAUCAAAUACAUCUGAUACAGUCACCUCUCCUCAGCGUUGUGGAGCUCUAGCUGGAGGAGUCACUACAUUUGUGGCCCUUUAUGAUUAUGAAUCACGGACAGAAUCAGAUCUUUCUUUUAAGAAAGGGGAACGCCUCCAAAUCCUUAAUAACACGAGAAAGGUGGAUGUCAGCAGCCAGCUCUGGUUCAGAUACAAAGGGCUCCAAAGGGAAGGAGAUUGGUGGCUGGCUCACUCUCUCACAACUGGUCAGAAAGGCUAUAUCCCCAGUAACUAUGUCGCACCCUCAGACUCCAUCCAGGCUGAAGAGUGGUAUUUUGGCAAGAUAACCCGCCGAGAGUCUGAACGGCUACUACUCAAUCCUGAAAAUCCUCGAGGAACUUUCCUGGCAAGAGAGAGUGAGACAACAAAAGGUGCCUACUGCCUCUCUGUCUCAGAUUUUGACAAUGCCAAAGGACUCAAUGUGAAGCACUACAAGAUCCGCAAACUGGACAAUGGUGGUUUCUACAUCACCUCUCGCACCCAAUUCAGCAGUCUUCAGCAGCUGGUAGCAUAUUAUUCCAAACAUGCAGAUGGCUUGUGCCACCGUCUCACCAAUGUCUGCCCAACCAGCAAGCCUCAGACACAAGGCCUUGCCAAGGAUGCUUGGGAAAUUCCCCGGGAAUCCCUAAGAUUAGAAGUGAAGCUUGGACAAGGCUGCUUUGGAGAAGUGUGGAUGGGGACCUGGAAUGGCACCACCAGGGUAGCAAUAAAGACUCUGAAACCUGGGACAAUGUCUCCAGAGGCAUUUCUACAGGAAGCUCAGGUCAUGAAGAAACUGCGCCACGAGAAGCUGGUGCAGUUGUACGCUGUGGUUUCUGAAGAACCUAUUUACAUUGUGACAGAAUACAUGUGCAAAGGAAGCCUCUUGGAUUUCUUGAAGGGUGAAAUGGGCAAAUAUCUAAGGCUGCCCCAGUUGGUGGACAUGGCUGCACAGAUUGCAUCUGGCAUGGCGUACGUGGAGAGAAUGAACUAUGUUCACAGAGAUCUCCGAGCUGCCAAUAUCCUUGUCGGGGAGAACCUGGUAUGCAAGGUGGCUGAUUUUGGACUGGCUCGCCUGAUUGAGGACAACGAAUAUACGGCAAGGCAAGGUGCUAAAUUCCCUAUUAAGUGGACUGCUCCAGAAGCUGCGCUCUAUGGCCGGUUCACCAUCAAGUCAGAUGUAUGGUCCUUUGGAAUACUGCUGACUGAACUAGCCACAAAAGGCCGAGUGCCAUAUCCAGGUAUGGUGAACCGUGAAGUGCUUGAUCAAGUGGAACGAGGCUACCGGAUGCCCUGCCCACCUGAAUGCCCAGAAUCUUUGCAUGAUCUGAUGUGCCAGUGUUGGAGGAAGGAUCCUGAAGAAAGACCCACCUUUGAGUACCUUCAAGCUUUCUUGGAGGAUUACUUCACAUCAACAGAACCUCAGUAUCAGCCAGGCGAGAACUUAUAGAUCUAGAAACAGAAUCUAUUGUCAAAGACUCAGUGCUGCUUCUACUGCAUAGGUGCUCAAGGGAUAUACUUUGAGACAUACUUGGAACAUCUCUGGAGCACCUGCUGAGGUCUCUUCCUCAUUCUGGUGAUUUGCUCUUCCAUCCAAGAAUAGUUUUGGGCCCAUUACAAAGCAGAUGUGAUGUCCUUGCCUGUUUUGGGUUAAUGAAAGUCUUGAUUUAGCGAAGUGUUAUUGUUCUACUUCCUUAAUAUGAACUUGCUAGUGGUUCAGUAGACAAAAUUUCAGAAAAGUCAGGUUAUUCCAGAAGCAAACAGGCCAAGUGAAAACCAAGGGAUGCCGUUUAUGAGGGCCAUCUACCUUUUAAAAAAUCUGUCCUUCCUCAAAACCACUCCAGACUAGUCAGAAGGAACAUGAUGGACUUGCUUCUGAUGGCAAUGAUGCGCUUUAUAGUCUGCAUGACUUCAUAGCACUUGUGUCAUCUCUGAGUGGUGAUGCUAUAGAAUUCUGCCUUUUGGAUUCAGAUGGCUUUUGUCCUCCUUUAUGUAUAAAACCAGCACAAAUUUCUCCUUUCCCUCCUGUAUCAAAUCCCAUUGCCUGGAAGUGGACCAACUACUUCACUCCAAGAAAAAACAUAGUUCACUAAUAUUCUGGGCACUUCAUGUUUCCAUGUUUCUGUGUACCUCUUUUAAUCUGCCACUGAAGAUGUCGCUGUCCCACUGUCCAUACAGUCUUCUCCCAUUUGUAUGCAGUGCACUUGCAGAUCCUAGCCAUAUAAUAAGCUGAACUGGAGAUACUGGUCUUGCUUGGAAACUUGCAGUGUUUGGGGUUUGGCUAGUCCUCAGCCUCUGGGGGUGAAGUGAAAUAUGACAAAGACUUCACGGAGGGGCUGGUUUUGUCAUAUGAUACUUGUAGUACCCGUGGUGAUUUAUAUAUUCUCAGGACUAUGUUAGGUAUUGGAUUGCAGGCUUGUCUUCCAUUUUAGCCUUUCUGUCCAAUAAUGAGAGCCUAUUAUUCAAUUUGUUAGACCUGCUGGGAAAAAAAACCACUUGGCAGAUUUGCAAGCUUUUCUUUUCCCUACAUGGAAAAUGCUACCAGCCACUAUAAUGCCAGUUUCUUCCCCUAGUUAAGACUAGCAUUCAUGAAGCACAUCGUUCCUUUCCUUUCCACAUUGCUACAUCUUAGCUUCAUUUUUUCUGGAGCUCCUUAGUGCCUCAGAAACAUAAUACUGGUCAGACUUUCCAGUUGUGAUGUCUUAGCUGUGUAAUGUGUACCCUUAACCUAAUCUCUGUAGGGAAACUGGAAUGCAGUCCCUUUCCUCUCUUGCAACUUGUGAUAUUUGUAAAGCAGGUCAAAGGUUCCAGUAAAGCAGUAUUAGGAAAUGCCCAUAAGGGAAGGGGGGGUUUUUCUUCUAGAGUGUUUAAUCUGUUUUCCAAGCUGUGGUUGAGCCUAGGGAUAGGGUUGUUCCAAUGAACUUUAGAUGAAAAAGUUGAUUCAGUUGCCUGUUCUAGAAAGUACGCACAAGAGCAAACUACAUGCAGGCUCCUUGCUUAGAAUGACCCUUUAAGAAAUCAAACUCCAUGUUUUUGCUUCAUGUUUGGUCAUGACCUGAAAACUAUAGUUCUUUGUUUGAUACAGAUCAUACCAAAUGUUUUGGUUUUGCCUGUUGGCUUCCACUCCCCAUCAUUUUAAAGCAUUGGUGGUCAAAGCAGUGGAAAGCAGAAAGGAGAAGUACUUGCCUACAUGUUUUAGGCAGCUGCAUAUACCUUUUCCUGUAUUUUUUUUUAAUUAAAAGCUAUCUUUCCUAGUGUGAAUUUUAGGAAAGUAAUAAUAGACAUUGGAGUGCUUAUUUUUUUCUCUUGCCAGUUCUUUUUCACCCCAUCCCAAAACUGACUUUAACUCAUAGGGAAUAGAUGGCAUGGAUGUGAUUCCUUUUAAAAAAAAACAGCUGAAAAGCAAAAUAAUUAAAUACACAUGCACAUGCAUGUGUGUGAACGCAUGCUGUGGUAUCAUUCCUUUGCUUAAAACUCAAAGCAUGAGGGGCUAUUUUGUUUUUUUAAAAAGAGAAGUGAUCCACACAACUACACAAGACAUUUAGUUUGGUCAUUAUAUUCCUUCCUUAUGGAUGCUCAGGCUUCUGCUGGAUCAGACCCUGUGCAUCUCUUCUUCGGUCAUUUAUUUACUUCCAGGAAUACUUGCAAAAGCUUUCCAGCCUUAUAUCUAGCCUGCUGUGUUUCAAAAGCUGUUUUAAUUGCAGCAAACCAUAGCUUAUAUAUGAGAUAUUUGGCAAUAUUUGCAUGGAGGACACUUCUAGACUAGUCCGUAAGGUGUUUCUUCUUUGUUAUAUGCCCAAACCGUCUCCUAUUUGGGAAUGGGUAAGGGACUGGGCAGGAUGGAGACCUGCACACCAGCAACUAUUCCCAUCAGCUGUUGGUCUUGUUGUGACUUUGCUUCGUGAGAUUCACCCAGGGGAGCCAAAAUGCAGGUGUCUUGGCUGGAGCCUGCCUGUUACAUUAGUCUGCAAGCCAAGGAAUCCUCACCCGGAGGCUGGCUGGGCAGAUGGAGGGAGACUGAGCAGCAGCACGCUAGGAAAGACCUGAGAUGCACUCCAGGAACUGACAGGAGAGUUCAGGUUUUUGAGUCAUGCUGUUUCCUUAACUAGGGCAAAUAUCUCUACACAAAUAGAGUUGCGCAUUUCCGAUUCCUAGCCCGAGAAAAUGUCUCAGAGUGACUGAUAAUGCAGCUUCUCUGAAGAACUUGCGAAGAGGUGUUUUUCAAUUGACAAGGUCACUGCAGUAUUUGAAACAGGAUAUUUUUUCUGGAGAUAUGUGGAGCAUGCAGUUAAUCCGUAAGUUGAUCUUGCAGCUAUUGUCACCCCAGCACCCCACAUUUCUGAUGCCUAUAGUUUGAUGUUCGUUUUUGUCCAUCAAAAUACAUGUGUCCAGUAUGUACAAAGCAAGUGCCACUAUGCCAUACCUCAAAUAUGCCAGCAACACCUGAAUUCAGUUACUCACAAUUGUUCCAUCUGCUGCAACUAGAUAGUGUAUCUUCCAUAGAAUCUGGUUGCUUAAUUGAAAAUCAUACUAAAAAGUUUUCUUAUUUGCAACUUUAUACCAUUACUCUCCACAGGAUGUUGAAAGAACUCAUUUUCUUUAGGAUGUGGCCUUUGAUUACAGCUGAGGUUCCAAGCCUACAAUCCAAGAAACCACCCAUCUUCCUACACAGCAAGUGAGAUAGUUUUGGAGUAAACUACAGAAAGCUAAGGAAGGGGAUCAUGUUAUCCCUGCAAUGCAAUAGAUAGAAAAAUCUUAAGAAAGCCAGCCCAGCCAUUUUUCUAAUGUGGCCUGCUGCCUUCUAUAAGAGCUGUAUAAAAAUGGAAAUCUAGGCAGAAUCAGUAAGCCAAGCCAUAUAUAAACAAGUCUGCCUUUUAUCUCACUGGUUACUGCCAGGGUAGUUCCAAACAUUCAUCUGUAGUGCAUCAGUUUCAUUUAAUUGGGAGAAUUUCUUACCAGCUGUAAAAUAGUCCCUCUUUUGUACAUAGCUCUUUAGUCAUUUGAGUUCUUGGUGCUCGGUGGUUUGGGAUGUUGACUUGUGCAUGUGAUUUUUACAACCAUGAGAAUGUUGUUGCAAUUAUAUUUAGCUGGUGUCCAUUGUAUUUAGCUUAUCAUGUUAUCUUUCAUGUACAAAAUCUGGAUAUUCCCUAAUGUGCCAAAAGAAAAGGGGAAAAAACACAUUGGCUUUCAGUGUCAACAUGGGCCAAGACUAUGAUGGUGUUUCCCAGAACUUAGUUGAUUUGGCAAAUACCAGUAGGUAUCAUGUUGCCCUAUUGAAUCUCAUAUGGUGUCAUCCCAUAUGUUCAAGAUGUAAAUACUUCUUGUGAUCAGCUCAGUGUUAGAAUAGGGAGGUGUUUUGGACCUUUCUUCUUCUUUUUUGCUCAGAAAAAUCUGAUAACUGUCCUUCAUGCAGGGAAGAUGGUGUGUGUAAUUGAUGGAAAUACAUAUAUGGAGCAUAGAACCUAUAUCAGUGUUUCAUUUACAUCCUCCAAGACCACUGGCUUAGCAGCAAAUUGUUACCACCAGAAAUAUAUGCUGUAGGAAACCAAAAUGGUCCAAAGUGAUAAAUCUUCAUGUGCUUCCCUUUCAUUCAGCCCUGCAAACAUGCCUGUGUCUGGCGUGACCUGGAAUGUGAGGGAGUUCCCAUUUUUACACACACUUCUUCCCUAAAUAAUCUGGACUCAUAUUUUUAUGACACUGAGAACCUAACGUCAUCCAUUUUACAGCAACUGAGCCAAUCUUCAAUCUUAAAUCAAGGUUGCUUGUGUACCUCCAGUGCAUUGCCACAAAUAAUUCUUAAAAUCUACCAGUGGGUUAGCAUAGGUUGAACAAUGGGAGGACACCAUAACCAAUCUUUUAACUAAUUGCUUUGUUAUAUGCCCAAAUCCCUACCUUCCGCAGAACUGCUAUAAAGGUCCAUGUCCUUUUUCCAAUAUGAACAUGGUAUCUGUAAUACAUUGUGGGGUGAUCUCCAAGUUAGCAGUUCUGAAUAUCUUUUACAUUGCUCGUUCAUAAGAUGUUUAUUUUUUCCCAUGCAUUGAUUUUUAAAGCAUUUGUUUUCCUCUGAUGUCUUGAAUUCCUAUUCUGGUGUGAUUAGAAAUGCAGGGAGAUCAUAUGGGGCCUUCUGGCCAACCUAUCACAGUGAAUAGAAAAGUUCUUAUUGGGUGUGAUGGAGACUGUGCCUUCUCAACCCCCCAAACCUUUAGUUUCGUUUCUGUUUGCCACCCUGAACAUUACCUUCUUCCUACAGUUGCUUCUGGGACCUAAAUGAUUUUCUUCAUUGAGCCAUUUCUUAGGAUUCUGAUUUGACAUCUACCCAAUUCCACCUAGUACCUUCCUUUAUUAAAGCAAGGUUUGUUGAAACGCCAUGGUCAAUUGCCUAUGAGUUUGAUAUUUUAUGUCUGGUUAAAUUGCUCCUUCCAGCUAUGUUCAGUUAAGGAUUUCCACACUCUCUAAUUUUAAAUGAAAUGAUAAACGUGACUGGGCUAUACCACCAAGUGAGGACUCCUCAUUACAAGAAAAAAACUAAAACUCUCCACCUGAAAAAGAUGACAGUAAGGAGCAUUUUCUUAUGAGUUCCCACUUGCAUUCCCCCUGGGUUUGGUCCAAUGCAGGUUUACCACCUCAGUCAGAGGAGCCUGGCCAAAACGUCUGUAUUCUCUUGAAUCUGUGACUGAGCCAUUUCGCCACCAUGUAAUAUUGCUGUAUUUUUUAAAAGCACUCUUUAUUUGUGAGCAGGACUUGCAUUUGCAUAUUCAUGUUACAGUUACAUGUGUUCAGGGUUUUUUGUACAAGCUGGAACAGUUGUUUUAAAAGGGGAGACUUCUCUCCACUGAGAUGCCACUUUUGUUAUUAUUGCUGUUUAAUUAAAUAUGGAGAGAAGCCCCUUUUGCAAAAGGGGAAGAGGGUACUGCUGUUUUGUGCCAAUGAUUCUUGUAUAACUUAUAUGAUUUAUUUUUAAAUGUCUGCUACCAAGGAGGACCAGCUUCUUGGCAAAUACAAAAUGGAACAUAUACCAAGCUGCGGGGAAAGCUUCACUGUUGAAGCGAAAACCAGGGUGUGUGUAUGUCUCUGUACAUAUAUGUGUAUAGAUAUUAAUGUAUAAAGAUUCCUCUUUUUUCCAAGUAUGUACAUUUUUUAAACAAAAAUCAAGACAAAUAGGUCUGUUUUAAAUCUCUUGGUUUUGGUAUAGCAAUAAUGAUGAUGGAUACUAAUUUAAACAAACAGUGUACUUUAAGUCUUAAUUUUCUUUUGCCAAUGGGAAGGUUUUGAAAGAAAAAAUGGAUCAAAUUUUCUUUUUAUGAACUUCCCGACUCUUUUUCAUGCAUGAUGUAGAAACUUCGCUAAAGAUGAAAGAUGCUUGUUCAGUAAAAUGCAGGCAGUCUCAAGGUAGCUGCACCACCCUUUGCAAGAAGUAACAAAGUGAAGAAGGAAGCAUUAAAAGCGCUUCCUGUGUUAAUGUUUAUCGUCCUUCUUUAUAUUCACUUCAUUUUUUGUAAAGUUUGCAAUGGAGAAAUCUCUUGCAGUGAGGCUCUUGCAUUGCUUCAAUGACAUUGAAACAAGUCUGUACAUUGAUGUCUUCUGCUAUUAUUCUUUUUUAUAGACACAAAAACAUAUGUGCGCGUGAGCACACACACACACUCUUUGUAUAAUCUACAGAUAUCUAUGCAGAGAAUGUGAUGACCUUUCUCUUUUUCCCUUGCCUUUUUAGUGUCUGAAUACUUAAUUCUUCUUUUUGGAAAAUAAAAUGUUUUGAAAAAUGA